AUGUUUUUAAAAAUAUAUACAUAUAUUAUACUUAUAUAUUUCAUUUUAUUAAAAUUAUCGGAAGAAAAAAAUUAUAUAAAAAAAAAUAUCUUUAAUUAUUUGUUUUUAAAUCCAACAUUUAAAAAAAAUACAUAUAAAAAAAAAAAAUUAGAAAUAUUUUAUAAUGGUAUAAGAAUUGGUCAAGGAUAUGACAUUCACCAAAUAAAAGUUUGUGAUGAAAAUAAUGAAAUAUAUAAAAAUAUAUAUACUGAAUUAAAAGAUGGACAAAAUUUUAAAAAGCUGACAAUUGGUGGUGUUAAAAUACCCAAUAUUUGUGUUUUAGCUCACAGUGAUGGUGAUAUAAUAUUUCAUUCAUUAGUUGAUUCUAUAUUGGGUGGCUUAAAUUAUUUUGAUAUAGGAACGUUGUUUUCUGAUAAAAAUGAAAAAAAUAAAGAUAAAAAUUCUUCCUCUUUUUUAAGAUAUACUAGACUAUUAUUACAUAAAAAAAAUUAUAAGAUUGGAAAUAUAGAUAUUAAUGUAAUAGCAGAAGUACCCAAAAUAUUCCUUAUUAAAAAUCAAAUAAUAAAAAAUAUAUCUUCUCUGUUAAGUAUUGACGAAUCACAAAUUAGUAUUAAAGGUAAGACACAUGAAAAAUUAGGAGUAAUUGGAGAGAAAAAGGCAAUAGAAUGUUUUUCUAAUGUUUUAUUAAUACCAAAGGAUUAA